AUGACUACAAACAUAUCUUGGUCCCUAUUAAAGGAUACUUUUGGUAAUACCGAGUACACCUACAGCCUUUUAAUCUACGAUGCACUGUUGACUGCUCUGGUGGACAAGGCGCUAUUCUUGAUAGUUGCAAGCAUAGGUUUAGUCGCAGUACUCAAAACCUCUAAAAAGCAUACUCAAGAGUCUGAUAUUUCAAAAGCUUCUUGGUGGUCCAACAUUCUUUCACAACUCUGUUAUGGACAAAAGGCGCAUCAGUCUCUGCCUUCACACCGUUCUAGGCGUUUGGUCGGGCGGCGGUGGAGCUUAAAACCCCAUUCACGUCAGCUGGUCACCACGUUUGACUAUAUUUUGGCAAUCUUUAAGCUUGCUCCAUUCAGUCGUAUCCAUCGUAGUAAAAACACAACUGCUUCCUUGGAAUCUUAUCUCCCAGACCAGAUACAAAAGUCGGCUCCUAUUGACGAUAUUAAUAUGGAACAAAAAGUAUGUUCCAAAGUAUCUUCUCGGCUACAUACUCUGCUCAAUAUGAUACCAUCUAUUUGUUUGCAUUCAUAUGCAGAUUGUUUGAAUAUCAUCACAUUGGCGUUUAGUCGAAUAUUCAAAUUUACACACCGUAGAUUAUUCCAAAGACGCCAAAGUAAUACGAGACGCAAAUCCAAUUCAAUGAUUCGUCGUAUCUCGUCUUCUGGCUCCAUACGCACCACUAUAACCUCGUCGGUGCCUGCCAAAAUGGUCAAAUCAUCACACAACACAACCAUCACAGAUCAGAAAUCACUCUAUUCUGAAAAAUUAUACAAGAAUGAAUCUGUACCAGACUCAUCUCAUUCAUUACCCAUCUCUAAUCAGUUAUGUGUUACCCAACAGCAGGAUAUUCGUCCAACUUUUACACAUAUCCAUCCGCUUGUACGCUUCAUUUACAUUGUUGACACGAUUGCAGAAUUUGGUUUGCUAGGUGUAUCAGCGUGUCUUGUAGGGGUGUUUUUGAUGGCGAGUUUUUUAUUGAUUGCGUGGUGAGAUUGUGGUCGAACCACAAGGGCAAAAGCCCGGCUGAAAUGGCUGAACAAGAACAGUUAUAUCAACAAGCACGCCAAUAUGAACUUUUAUGGAGAGAGCAAAGAAUUUUAGCCAGUUUGAAUGCUCAGCGCACCGAAUUGGAAAAACUAGUGGAUUUAGUUGAGCUGGAUAAAUUAGCAGAUCUAAUCAGGUUGGAAACAUUAACGAAGCGAAAAAAACCAAUCAGUUUUCAAAACAUGCUCAGAAACUAUGCUGGUAUGAUCAACUGUGAAAUUUAAAAGUACUUUGCUAUUUGAUUCUUUAAACCGCCUCUCAUUGCUGUUGUGCACUUUUUCUCUCUGGCAUUUCUUUAUUCAACUCAUGUCUAUGAUUCGCCCAUGUUGUUAUAACAAACUGUAGUUAUUUCAAAGUCUGAUCGACACUCGCGCUAGUUCUAUUUCAAGUUAUUUGCAAAACAAAAAUCGAUUCAUUUGAUGCAAAAAUAAGUGCCAAAUCCAAAUUUAAAAAUAAACUUGGUUUGAUUUUG